UUUCCUGCUCCAAAGGAACGCUUGGCAGGUCCAGCACAGCUGCGAGCCGUCUUCCUGCACACAGAGCACGAGCGGAGGAAGUCAAAGACAGUUGCCCAAGCCGACAUGAAGGUGGAGUUGCUCCCAGCCCUCACGGACAACUACAUGUAUCUCCUCAUCGAUGAGGAGACGAAGGAGGCUGCUAUAGUUGAUCCUGUGCAGCCCCAGAAGGUUUUGGAUGCAGUCAAAAAGCAUGGCGUGAAGCUGACCGCUGUCUUGACCACACACCAUCACUGGGACCAUGCUGGAGGAAAUGAAAAGCUUGUCAAGAUGGAGACGGGCUUGCGUGUUUAUGGGGGAGACAGCAGAGUUGGAGCGCUAACACAGAAAGUGUCGCACCUUACAUCACUCAAGGUGGGAUCUCUUAACGUGAAAUGCCUGUGUACGCCAUGUCACACUUCUGGACACAUCUGUUAUUAUGUGACUAAGCCAAAUAGCUCUGAGCCACCUGCUGUUUUUACAGGUGACACGCUGUUUGUGGCUGGUUGUGGGAAAUUCUUUGAGGGAACUCCGGAGGAAAUGUACAGAGCGCUGAUUGAGAUUUUGGGCAGCUUGGAACCUGAAACGAGAGUUUACUGUGGUCAUGAAUACACCAUCAACAAUCUCAAAUUUGCGCGACAUGUUGAGCCCAAUAACGUUGCUAUCCAAGAAAAGCUUGCUUGGGCCAAGGCAAAAUACGACAGUGGUGAACCAACCAUACCCUCCACAAUUGCAGAAGAGUUUACAUACAACCCCUUCAUGCGAGUGAGGGAGAAGACAGUUCAGCAGCACGCUGGGGAGACUGACCCUAUCCGAACAAUGGGAGCCAUCAGAAAAGAGAAGGAUAACUUCCGGGUCCCGAAGGACUAAGCACUCUGCCUGAAUCACUUUAAAUGUCAGUUCCAUUGUAACUUAGGCUCUUCAGAUGUUUUAGGAGUUAAGCAUUCUGUUGUGGUUAGGACAGUCAUAUUUAGGUUUUUAUUUUGUUUUAAUUAAGGAAAAAAGCACUUUGCCCUUGUUGAGAUGUUCUACAGCAUAUUUAUAUGAUGAAUAUUUAUCCCUCUAUUCCUGACUCUCAAACUGUCACAUUUGUCACACAUGGAUCAUCUUACAAGUGUUGGUACGUGGCUCAGAGGCUGGGGUAGGGGAGAGUCAAGCCUUGCAGCCUUAAAAAGAAAAAAAAAAAAAAGGCUCUUGUUAUUUUUAUAGGAGCCCACUGUGAAUGCAGACAGUGGGACUGGGACCCAAGAUGUCUUCAUUUAAAACGCAGAGACAAAAUGCACGUAACUUAAAUUGCCAUCUGAAGAUUUAAAUUUUUCCAUGCUGCUACUUAAACUCUUCUGAGUCUGUCACUUCUGUCUCCACUAAGGCCAGUGAUGGACCUGCUCUGCUACCACCAGUUAAGGGCUUAGUUUAUUAAAUAUGCUGUGUGGCCUGGCUUUAGAAACAGGACUGUGCGACUGUCCAGCUGUUCUGUAGGCUUUUUCUCUUCUCUGACUUGUCUUCUCAUAGACUACAGUAACUUUUCCAGGCAGCAUGCUGGCUUAGAGAUUGCACUGUUGCUUAUACCUUUUCACUGUUAACUUAGCCUGUUUGCAUGUACCUGCUUACUGCUGUUAAUUGUGAUCUCUGUUACUUGUAUUAGUACUACAAGGCUGAAGAAGGAAUUUGUCUGCUUGCACAAAAUCCUGAGAAGAAGGAACUUGUCUAGUGACUAGCUGCAUGUCUAACAGCUGAGUAGCAACUAGAUUACUCCAGGAUGUUCCUUGCUGCCAGUAGCCAGCAGAGCUGCUUUGUGCUAUGCUGUGAACUAGCACUUGCUAGCUGGACGCUCAUCCGCAGCCGAGAGAGCAACCGUUCUGGUAGACGCAGGUAGUAACUAUCUUGUGCCCCUGAAUGUGGAAGAUACCAGUGUAUAGGCCUGAAUUAAAUGGGAGCAGAUGCUGUGUGCUGCUGGGAUUAACCUCUUACCCCUGCAACCUGCUCUGGUCCACCUUCUGUUCAAGAAAGGCCAGAGAAAUGAUGUUAUAAAUGGAGAGGUGGCCCAUAUAUUGCCAAAUUAAAUCAGGCUUAGAUCUCAGAUCCUCUGAGAAACCAUCUUAGGCUGGCCUGUUGGGCUUAAAAGCUGUCUCUCUUCUCAGACUAGUGUUGUAUGACCCGAGUCUGCAGCCGCCCUGAAAACCACAGGGAGGGAAUAUCCCGACGGGCUGUUUUUCUGACUGGGCGUAGUGUGUGAAAGUGGGUGAAUGGGAUGAACUUCGGGGAAAACAAAUCCAGUUCUUAGAGAGGGGAGUGGAUUAACUCUGAAUGGCUGCUGCUUGGGGUGGCUGAGAUGCUUAGUCCUGGUCGUGGAGUAAAAUCUGUUCAGACCAAAGGGACCUGAAGUAAGGCCACCUUUCUGCUCUCCGUGUCUGGAAAUAACUUAUUUGCACCCGUGGGAUACACAGCGCUUGGACAUCUGUCUGCAGCCCAGAUGCCCUGAGAGAAUCGGCACAGGGAUUUGGCUGUGAAUUUUUCUAGUACCUCCCCAACUGAAACGGUGUCUCUGGGGGAACUUGUGUUGCCAGUUCACAAUAGCACUUUGAGGUAUUGCAGUCCUGCUGCCUGCCUGCAGUUUUGGCAGAGAGCCGAGGAGAGAGCUGAAAUGACCCCACUUCCCUGCUGUACCAUGAAGCAGCGUUUGUUCUGAAUGAACCAGCAGUUAGCCCAGGCUGCCUGCUCGUGCCUUGGAGGCCGACCCAGUGUCCAGGGAGCUUUACGUGUCGCUAAAGAAAAGCGUCUUUCCACAGUAACUGCCGCUUCUGAGUUCUCCGGUAUGCCGGUGCCCAGGCCUGGGUUCUCUUUGACCUGGGACGCACCUCUCCUGCGCUUUCUGUCCUUCAACUUGGCGUCUUCCAAAAAAUGGAUGGAAGGCGAAAGAAACAUCAGAAGGGCUGGCGAGAGGCAGAGGACCUACUGCAGGAACAAUCUUCCUCCUCUUGUCCAUCCCAAGCGUGCAGAACGCCUUGUGCCUGACCAAGCCUUGCGACAAGGAGGGAGGGUCAGUGGUUAGUUACUGCUUUGGACUUUUUUUUAAAACUCUCCGCAAAGGCUGCUGCUGCAGUUUGCUCGUUCGCUGUAUGCGUGCGGCCCGAUACCGUGGCUUCCAGCACCUUUACUGUUGUGACGCAAGAGGAAUCUUGCGGGUGAAGCCCGGUAGAAACCUUGGCUGAAAGCUGCCAGGAGUGGACUGGGCUCAGCGUGAGAGGUGAGCCCCAGAUGGUAGGACACGGUCUUCAAGGGGCUUGACAGCUGUGUCUUUAAUGAAUUUUGCUCUUGAUUAUAUUCCCUGUUUCUUGAUCUCGGUUGCAUACUGCAAUCUGCUCAAGUACAAGAUUUUUGAAUAAAUGCUUCACCGCUGCAACAAAGUACGAAAAGAUUCGAACAAUUUUGGUUCUGGUUUCUCCCCCUGUCCCUACUGCGCCUCGCUUGGUAAGUGAUGCAGUGGUGGAGUCUGUAACCGCUUGGUUUCCUUGUGGUAACUCAGGUCGGCUCGCUAAGGAAAAAGCAGCAUGGCAGUAGCUGUUUUAAAGGGAUAUGAGUGGAAUUUGGUGUAACAUUUAAUUUACUUUAAAAAGGUAAAUUUUCUGUAGUUCAGAAGGAAAAGUACCUGAAACGUCACUGACUCUUUAAUAAUUUGAAUGCUGUGCUGCUACAACUAAGCAUGACUUUACUGAUGUCUGGGUUUUUUUGACAAUUGAGGAAAUAAAUACAGCUGUAAACAGAGCACCAAUA